GGACUGAUUUCAGUGAUGCAAGGUCCAGUUCUUUAAUGACCACCUCCCCUUGUCCUGGUCCAGACUCUUCCUGGAUGUCUCGAGCUGCCUCCUCGGCUCUCUUCCGGUCCCGACAGGCCAUGAUGACCCGAGCCUGGAGCUUGAGAAGCUCCCCGGCUAGGGCCUUCCCAAUGCCGCUGUUAGCUCCGGUCACGAUGACUGUCUUCCCUCGCAUCAAGUCCGCUGGGUACUGGAGUAGCUUCAUUGCGUUCUGACGCGGGAACAAGCGGCGCAUGAGAAGCAGGACACCGCCACCGACGACAGCGGCGACGAGCACCGCGGUGGCCAUGGAAGUGUGGAGGGGCUCGUUGGGGAACAUGGGUGGCACUGUGGUACGCAGUCACCACAGUCAAGCUGAAGAACUAAAUCCUAACUUUAAAUGUAGAUUGUAAGACUUUAGGAGAGAUAUGUAUUGUUUCCUGCUACUGCUGAUUGUCAUCAUCUCACCAUCUGAAGUACGAAGUAACGACACAUGUGACGUCGUCCCCAAAAAUGUGUACAUUGAAGUGGGAUCUGAUACCGAGAUCGUGUGCCAGAGUCUGUGUGUCCGCGGAAAAGUGUUUUGGACACAAAACAACAAAAUAUUACCCCGGAACUUAUCCAGAUGGAUCAACUCGUCUCACACGGCCGUGUCUCUGAGGAACUUCACCCUGCGCAAAGCUGCACUGCAAUGCCACAGUGAGGACACCAAGGAAAUCCUCGGAGGGACCACCAUCAGAACAUACUCAAAACCCACCAAUGUAGGCUGCAUAUGGCACUAUAAAAAGGACUCAUGGGGUGGUGUACCGCAGCUCUUCACUUGCAGAUGGAAGCAUCAGCUGGAUGCCCCCCAGCAGAUAAACUACACUGUACUAUGCUCCUCUUGGCUGCACGCGUCAUACUUUGAAAUCUGCAGCUCACACGUCACGACGUGCACGUUUAAAGACGUGCAUUUGUCAAAUAAUAUAACUCUGGUGGGCAACUACAACGUAACAGUGAGAGCAAAGACCCACCACUGGGAGGUUUACUCUGAUGUGUACCAAUUUGAGCCCCAUCACAUAUUGCAAAUUCUCCCUCCAAAUUUGAACCUAAGUGCCUUCCCUGGUCAUGUGGUAGCCGAGUGGUCCAUAUCAGCCAUGUCCGCAAAACACCACUGUCAAGUCAAAUACAGCAAGAUUGGUGAUAAAGAGGCAUCAGAGAAGGUGCUGAAUACAACUUUAGAGCCUAGACAUAAAGGGAAGAUAACCAUUGACAAGGUGGAUUCCUGUACUUACUACAACGUUUCAGUCCGCUGUGCUUUGGACCAAGCUCCAUGGAGUGAAUGGAGCCUGGAGGAAAGGCUUCUGACGGAACUACGCGGGAGUGAUGUUAAGUUGCAUCUUUGGAGGAAGGUCACAGAAGCAGACCAAGAUGGCGUAAGAAAUGUUUAUGCCAUGUGGACGGAGAUUCCAUCAACAUGCCAAGGAGCAUUUAUGUAUUCGAUCCAUCUGACUGCCAACAAGCAUGUGAUUGAUAUAGAUUAUGGCCAUACUGUAUGUGGCAAUUCAACAUGUCGGAUUCAUGUGGAUGAAGAGGCACACAGAUUAAAGCUCAAGGUUCAUCACAAUGAGGCCCUGCUGGCACAGGAUAGUGUUUAUGUUCCUGCUGUUGGAGAAAGCCUCCCCCACGUUGCAAACAUGCAAACUUCAAGCUGCCAUGGUGUUAUCCAUGUCAGCUGGGAUGCUCCCGCUCAGUUAGUUAGUGGUUACAUGGUCGAUUGGACCUCUGAUGGGCAUCGGUACCACUGGAUGGAAACUAACUCUACCAGCACAUCACUGUUUGGACUUCCGGCUAAAACGCCACACAACAUCACAGUCACGCCACUCUUUGAUGGCAAGACGGGCCUCGGCACACAGGCCUUGCACAUCUGCUCCUCAGUAUCAGGUCCAGGAAAUUUCAUCCAUAUCAUUGUUGAAGCGAGUGACAAAAGCGCCCAUGUGAGUUGGAGUAUGCAGCCACAGGAAGUGUGCAGCGAUGUUAUUUUCCACUAUGUUGUUUUUUACGGAAUAGGGGAAGGACGUCAGCUUAAUAUCACAGUAGAUGGUACCAAACAGGAGGUUCAUUUGAAAGAUCUCACCCCGGACACCCAGUACAGCACCCAUGUGAAGGCUGUAGCCCAGACUGGAGCUAGUCAAAGCAACGUAAAGCACUUUAAUACCAAGAAAUUUGAUCCGAUGAUGGUCAGACCACUGAUUAUCUUUGGAGUCGUCAUCAUAGUGGGUGUGUUAUUUGUAGGGUUAUGCUGCGCCAUACAGUGGAAGAGAUUCUUAAAGAAGCAAGUGCCGAACCCCGGCCUCAGUUCUGUGGCGUUGUGGCCCUCGGCAAGUCAUCAAAAGGGGAUGUUCCUUUUCCGGCCAUUCAGUUAUCCAUCAGAAAGCCUUUGUGAACCCGUUUACAUUGAGGAACCACAGCCAAUUUCCACUCCGGAUACCCACCUUGACCCAACCGGUGUCCACAAGGAGCAAGACAACAACCCCGCUAUUAUCGCAGAGCCCGAUAAAAGGCCGCACGAAACUGAAGACACUUUCAAUCAGUCUUCCAUGGAAUCGACUGUGCUGCUCUCUGAGGGCAGCAGUCCAUUAAGCCCAUAUAGAAGCCAAGGUUCUGUAGAAAGCCCCACCCAAAGUGGCGGUAAAGAAUGGAAUUGUCUGCUUCCAAUGACGCAGCAGGAAUUAUCAACACCGGUGUCUGUUUAUGUCACUGUGGACAUAUUUGAGCAAUAUCAGGGCAAGUUAGAGAAAUAGAAGUGCAUGUAUUCCAUCUAUCAUAAUAUUUGUACAUACCAACUGUUGAAUAUAAAGCAUUAAUAAAAGCAUGUUGCAUGGCAUCAUGAAUGAUACAUGGAAUAAUUAAUUUCCACUAAGAUAAUUGAUAUUAUCUAUCUAAGAUAAUACCUAUGUAUUAAAAUGUGGAACUGUAUUAAAGCACGAAUAAUGUUUUUU